CCGGGCCGGGCGGGAGGAUGGUGGGCGUCAAGGUGAUCGCCAACGACACCGAGUUCCAGCCCGAGCUGAGCGCCGCCGGCUCCCGCCUCGCCGUCGUGAAGGGCGAGUCGCGAUGUGGCCCUUGUUUAAGGAUAGCCCCAGCUUUCAAUGCCCUGAGUAACAAAUAUCCUCAGGCAACCUUUUUGGAGGUGGACGUACACCAGUGCCAGGGAACAGCUGCUACCAAUAAUAUAUCAGCAACACCAACAUUUCUGUUUUUCCGAAACAAAGUGCGAAUCGACCAGUAUCAAGGAGCAGAUGCUGUAGGAUUAGAAGAAAAAAUUAAACAGCACCUGGAGAAUGACCCUGGAAACAACGAAGACACAGAUAUCCCCAAAGGAUAUAUGGAUUUGAUGCCGUUCAUCAACAAGGCUGGCUGCGAGUGUCUCAAUGAGAGCGACGAGCACGGCUUCGACAACUGUUUACGCAAAGACGCUGCCUACCUGGAAUCCGACUGCGACGAGCAGCUGCUUAUUACUGUAGCUUUUAGUCAACCUGUCAAGCUUUAUUCUAUGAAACUUCAGGGGCCAGAUAACGGGCAAGGUCCAAAGUACAUAAAAAUCUUUAUUAACCUUCCUCGAUCUAUGGAUUUUGAGGAGGCGGAGCGGAGUGAACCCACUCAAGCCCUGGAGCUGACACCAGAUGAUAUUAAAGAGGAUGGUAUUGUCCAGCUUCGCUAUGUAAAAUUUCAGAAUGUUAACAGUGUAACUUUAUUUGUCCAAUCUAAUCAUGGUGAUGAAGAGACAACAAGAAUCACGUACUUCACAUUUAUUGGAACUCCAGUCCAAGCAACAAAUAUGAAUGAUUUCCUUCAAACGAGUAGUUGGCAAAAAAGGAGAGAGCCACUAGGAUGCUGCCCACACUGGAAGGCCUUACUGCAAUCAGAUGAGAUCUCCACUUCUAUCUCCGCCUCCUGGAUAAUUGCUUGACCAUAGCCAGAGACUGUCAGCCUGUUUCCAUAAUGCCAUUCCCAAUAAAUCAUUGCUUUUGUUGACACGGAGUUUCACUCGUGUGUUUCUGUUGUAACCCCCGGUCCAUGUAUUUGUAAAUAAAAUUCAUUACUUUUGCCAAGUUUAAUUUUGUUAUUCUAGUAGCUGUGGCUCUUUCCUUGUUCCAUUUAGACUUCAAACCUAGGCUGGCUUAUCUUAAGAAACAGAAGUCAUAAUGCAGCUUGCAUUUGUUUAAGGACUUUAAAAUGUCAAAUAU